AUGGGAGGGAGCAAUGACGCCCUCCAUACCUCCCGGUCGCGAAGCUCAUUGCAAAGUCCAACAUCUAGCACGAGCUCACCUACUAACUCUGGUGUUAGUCUGGGUGGAGUACCAUAUACCGACAGAGGUAGGAUACACUCCUGGACUUCAGGAUUGGAACCCAGCUAUCAAGGAAGGCAUGUCAAUGUUACCACUGCGUCUAGUAUCAGUAGAGGUGGACUACCAACGACAAGUUCAGAUAGUCCUGCCAAUCGUGGUGGAGUGACCUCGACAAGCUUUCAAUAUGAAGGAGAUGAUGCAGGACAACAAACAACUGCAUACCGAUUUGGAUCACGAUGGCCUGACCAGCCCAGUCCUUUCAGUGUACUCACACCUUUGUACCCGUUGUCAGAUCCCCACCGCCCGAUUGCUUUCAACCUCACUAGCGAGACCAAACCAGAAGCACAAGUCUCGUCCCAAUUGACCUACUCGGAUCCUCACCAGGGUGGAGAUGGUACAGCCCAAGGUACCAGUCGAGCAGGUUUUGGGUAUACCAUACCAAAUACUGGAGACGAGUCGACGACUGCGAUUGAGAAUCAAAUGAUUUCGACCCUUUUGCCCCAGACAAGCGAUCUGCCUCCACCAUCAGUGUACCCUCCACGGGCUAUGAGCACAAUAUCCGAAACCUCAAGUCUCGAUAGUGGCUACUAUUCUAAAACUGAUGGAGUUGAUGAAGUACGAACCGCGGUUAACAAGAUGGCUUUGACGACAGACACUGCGCGACUCGCUCCGGGCUAUAAUUUGAAAAACGGAUAUCUAUUUUUUGAACCAGGGCGAGUAUUCUCAACCAUGCUUCCUGAACCAAUGGGAGUCCGUCCAGGUGGUAUUAGGGAUUCACCUUCCAACGCAAAUGUGGUCGAGGGUCUCUCCGGGGAGAAAAUAUACUAUCACAUCAGACGAUUCAUUGUGAUAAAGCGACGCCGCGGCUACUCUCUCUGCGUACCGAUCAACACCUAUCUAUUCAGAGGCGUCCAGUCGAAACUCGAGCAGGAGGCGCAUUCGAUUGUCUACGACAGCUCAACGAAGCAAGCCCCCAGCAAAUCUAAUGGAGAGAAUAGAAUGACGAAAACCCCUAUCGCGGUGGACUUGAAUCAGGGCCACAAGUUGAACCCAGCUAGCAGAAUCCAUUUUGGUAGGAUCACGUCGAUUGAUUGGAACAGCAAGGUACUGGAUAUAGGACAUGUUGCUCAGUCAUCCAUGCCUGUCUUCGAGAAAUACUGGAAGGAGGAACUUCUUCAAUGA